AUGUCUGUUCUUGCCGCUCUCAGCAGCAUCCCCUCCACCUCCUACUCCCACCCCAUCGAGGCGCCCCCUGCCAACGCCCAGAAGCUCAACCCCUACCUCCCCCUCCCCCCGUCCACCUCCCCCACCGUCCUCUUCACCAACGCCACCUUCCUCCACUCGAUCCCCACCUCAUCACUCAACAGGACCGUCGUCCAUGUCUUUGACGCAGAGGAGAUCGUCUCUCCCAAGGGAGCCAAUGCUGUCUCUUUGAUCUCGAGAUCAGCCCAGGGCGCGUACGACCACGCUUUGCUUGCUCUUCGAUUGGCGCAGGAUGAGGACGCUGUGGUGUACCACUUUAUCCCCUCAGGACUCGAGGGAGAAAUUCAGGAGGCGGAGGAUGUGUCUGCUUGGCUCGCCGGCUCUUUGGGCACUCCCAGGAUCGCCCAGGGCGAGGAGGCCGAGGUCUCUUCCGAAGUCAGGCUCGCUACCGCCUUUGACGCCAUCAGCUUGUCCCUUCUCAAGUUCACCCGACGACCCCAACGGCCCUUCAUCCACAACAAGGCCGAGUCUUCUCGACUCGUCGUCAACUUCCUCCCCUCAGCUGUCGAGGCUGAGAACGUGGUCGAGGUCGUCCUCGCCAUCCCCGCUCCCAAGGAGAAGCUGAUCUCUUCUUUGGCUGGUGUCAAGGAGGUCGUCGUUGUCGAGGCCGGUAGCGGCAAGUACGGCCCCGCUUGGGCUUCUGUUGUCGAUGCGUUCGAAGAGUCGGACGUUUCCAUUCGAUCGGUCUUGGUUGGAGCUUCUGCUUCUUCCUCCGAAAUCACCUCUGCCAUCUCUGGCGAGGCUCCCAUCACCCGAGUCGGCAAGCCCCUCUCCUACUCUAUCCCCUCCAAAUCAGUCGCCAUCCCUUCACCCGAGGCUACCUACACCGAGCUCCUCGCGGCUUCCCCUUCCCCCCUCGAGAUUCUGAACGACCCUCGACACCUCGCUACCAACGAGUCCACUUCUCCCCUUUACGCUUUCGGUAAGGCCGUUGCCAUCCGCCGAGACCGAGCUCGACUCGUCCAGCUCGCGAAAAAGGUGCUCAAGGGCGCCAACACCAAGCCCGCCGUGCACGAGGCUCUCUCUGCUUGGCUCUUGGUCCGUGAUGAGAAGAAGGGCGCUGCCGAGGCUGGACAAAAGGUCGAGGCUGCUAUCGGUUCCGCCGAGGGUGAGGAGAAGGAGAUUGUCGAGUUGGGCAAGAAGGGUCUUUGGGAGAAGCGAGCGCUUUGGAUCGUCAUCUCCAACUCUUGGGCUGCCGACCUCGCCUCUUCUGGUUUGCACCACGCCCUCGCCUCUGGUCUCGACAUCAACCUCCUCGUUUACGAGACUGCCGCCUCCCCCUUCUCCCCCAACGCCCCUGCUCAGCCUCCCAAGGAACGCAAGAAGGAUCUCGCCCUCUACGCUCUCAACAUGGGCGACGUCUACGUCGCUUCCGUCGCUGUCUACGCCGACUACGCUGGUGUUUUGAACGCCAUGCGUGAGGCCGAGACCUACUCUGGUCCCGGUCUCGUCCUCGCCUACUUGCCUUGGGGUGAGAAGGAGGAUGGUCAGGCCGUCUCUGCUACCGAGAAGGCUGGUGCCCUCGAGCGUCUCAGGGAGACCAAGCGAGCCGUUUCUGGUGGUUGGUGGCCCAUGUUCAGGUGGAACCCUUCCGCCGCCGACGACAAGAGGUUCUCCCUCGACUCUUCUUAUGUCAAGGCUGCUCUUUCCGAGUUCCUCGACCGACAGUCUCACCUCUCCCAGCUCACCCUCGCCACCCCUGCCAUCGACUCGAGCGUCACCGCCUCUGCUGGUACCGACCUUGUCGCUGCCCGAAAGGAAAAGGCCAGGAAGGCUUACGAUGCCCUCCUCAACUCUCUCGAUGGCCCUGGUCUUUUGGUUCUUGUCGCUUCUGACGGUGGUAACGCCGAGAAGCUCGCCAAGAGGCUCGUUGGCCGCGCCAAGAUGAGGGGUGUCGGUGCCUCUCUCCGUGUCCUCGACGAGGUUGCCGAGAACGUCGUCGAGACUCUCAGCCAGGAGGCCAACGUCCUCUUCAUCACCUCCACCGCUGGUCAGGGUGAGUCUCCUCUCAACGGUCGAGAGUUCACCAAGGCUCUCGGCAAGAUCUCUUCUUCCGAGGAGCUCAAGGAGACCAAGGUCGCCGUCUUUGGUAUGGGUGACUCUCACUACUGGCCUCGUCCCGAGGACGCCGGCUACUACAACAAGCCCGCCCGAGACCUUUUCCCCAAACUCAUGUCUGUCGGCUGCCAGGAGCUCCUUCCCCUCGGCCUCGGUGACGACUCUGACCCCGACGGUGUUCAGACCGCUUACAAGCCUUUCGAGGCUGCUCUUUGGCGAGCGCUUGGUGUCGACAGUGUCGAGGUUGUGGAGGAGAAGGAAGAGGUGGUCGCGAACGAGCACAUCAAGAUUGCUUCCGACUACUUGCGAGGUACUAUUCUCGAGGGUCUUGAGGACAAGUCUACGGGUGCUAUCUCUGCUUCCGACGCUCAGUUGACCAAGUUCCACGGUACCUACAUGCAGGACGACCGAGACAUCCGAGAGUCUCUCAAGGCCCAAGGUCUCGAGCCCGCCUACUCUUUCAUGAUCCGAGUCCGUAUGCCCGCUGGUGUCUGUAACGCCCAGCAGUGGCUCGACAUGGACGCCAUCGCCGACGAGCACGGUAACAGCACCUUCAAGUUGACUACCCGACAAACUUUCCAGUUCCACGGUAUCAUCAAGAGUCACUUGAAGAAGGCCAUGCAGGCCAUCAAUAAGAGUUUGUUGGACACCAUUGCCGCUUGUGGUGAUGUCAACCGAAACAUCCAGUGUACCGUCAACCCUGCUCUUUCCAAGACCCACGAGACCGUCUACAACUUUGCCAAGGACGUCUCUGAGCACUUGCUUCCUUCCACCAAUGCCUACCACGAGAUCUGGCUCGACAAGAAGAAGGUCUCUGGUGACGCUGUCCAGCACCUCUCUGCCGACCACGAGCCCCUCUACGGUCCUUACUACCUCCCCCGUAAAUUCAAGAUCGCCGUCGCUGUCCCUCCCGACAACGCCGUCGACGUCUUCACCAACGAUGUCGGUUUCAUCGCCAUUGUUGAGAACGGCGAGGUCGUUGGUUACAACGUCUCUGCUGGUGGUGGUAUGGGUGUUACCCACGGUAACAAGAAGACCUACCCCCGAUUGGGUACUGUCCUUGGUUUCAUCACUCCUGAGGAGGGUAAGAAGGUCUCUGAGAGCAUUAUGUUGGUGCAGAGGGACAACGGUAACCGACAGGACCGAAAGAACGCUCGUCUGAAGUACACUGUCGACCGUCUCGGUUUCCCCAAGUUCAAGUCUCUCGUCGAAGAGCGAUGGGGCCAGAAGUUUGCGCCUGCCCGCGACUACCACUUUGACUCCAACCUUGAUCACUACGGCUGGCAACAGGGUCACGACGGCAAGUGGCACUUCACCAUGUUCAUCGAGAACGGUCGUGUCGAGGACAACGCCAAGCACCAGUUCAAGUCUGGUUUGAAGGACAUUGCCAAGGUUCACAAGGGUACUUUCAGGUUGACUGCCAACCAGCACUUGAUCUUGUCCGACAUUGCUCCCGAGGACCUCGACGAGAUGAAGAGGUUGCUCAACAAGUGGGGCUUGGACCACAUCGACCACUCUGGUGUCCGAUUGUCAUCCUCCGCCUGUGUCGCUUUCCCCACCUGUGGUCUUGCUAUGGCUGAGAGUGAGAGGUACUUGCCGGUGUUGAUCGACAAGGUCGAGAAGAUCUGUGAGGAGGCUGGUAUCAGGAAUGAUGCCCUUGUGAUGAGGAUGACUGGUUGUCCCAACGGUUGUGCUCGACCUUGGGCUGCCGAGAUUGCGUUUGUCGGUAAGGCUCCUGGAGCUUACAUGGUCAUGCUUGGUGGAAGUCACCUCGGUACGAGGUUGAAUAAGCCCUUCCUCGAAUCUGCCACCGAACCUGAGAUCCUCGCCGUCCUGAAACCCAUGAUCAAGCGCUGGGCUCUCGAGCGUCACGAAGGUGAACGAUUCGGUGACUGGACCAUCCGUGCGGGCUACAUCAAGCCUACAACGGAGGGCAUGAACUUCUGGGACGACUCUUUCCCGUCUCAGCAAGUUCAGGCGCCGGCUAUCGCUGCUUAG